AUGGCGGCGGAGCUGCAUCCGCGGAGCGGAAAGCUGAUCGGCCUGUCCAACUCGAACCGAACCGCCCAGCGCAACCAGCCAGUCCAAGAGUUCAACCACGGCCUGGUGCUGAGCAAGGAGCCGCUGAGGGACCGGGAUGUCUUCACCGUCCGCAUCGACAAAAAGGUGAACUCGUGGAGCGGCUCCAUUGAGAUCGGUGUCACGGCGCUGGACCCCACCGCGCUGGACUUUCCCAGCAGCGCCACGGGCCUGAAGGGCGGCUCCUGGAUCGUGUCGGGCUGCUCGGUGCUGCGCGACGGCCGCUCUGUCCUGGAGGAGUACGGCCGCGACCUGGACCAGCUGGCCGAGGGCGACCGCGUGGGCAUCCAGCGCAGCGCCCGCGGGGAGCUCCACCUCUGGGUGAACGGGCAGGACUGCGGCACGGCCGCCAACGGCCUGCCGCCCAAGCUCUGGGCGGUGGUGGACCUGUACGGCAAGUGCACGCAGGUGACGGUGGUGAGCUGCGAGCCGCCGCCGGCCUCCACGGAGAAAGAGACGAUAGAGCAGGACGAGGAGGUGGAUGAGGACGACAAAGAGGAGGAGGAGGAUGUGGAGGAGGAGGACGUGGUGGUGUGUGGGGAUCGGGAGGAUGGGGGGAUCACGGCACUGAUGAAUGACGCAGCUAUAAAUGGAAUGAUCAAUGGAGAUGAAGCGCCUGAGCUGAGCUGCAGCAGACCAGACAAGUUCCCCAACAACCUGGAGCCGGACACGGUUCUAACGGAGCACCAGCUCUUUGACGUGUUCAACAACGCAAUAGUAUCUUGUUAUCGCUCGGAGGACGAGGGCGGAGGGGAAGAAGGCGGAGGCGGUGGAGGAGCAGGCGGCGGCGUAGGAGAAGGAGGAGCAGGAGGAAAUUCCGGUUCCGACUCCUCUUCCAGAAUCGACAGGGGCAGUGGAGGAGGUGCAGUCAACAGCGACGGUGGAUCAGGGACAACAGCAGAAAGUGGAGGAGGAGGAGGAGGAGGAGGCAGCGGAAAUACGAACAGCCCCGCUGGCAACGGAGGGGUCGGGCUGGCGGCGGUGCCGGGCGCCAUGACCACCAACGACGCGCUGCUGUUCCACGAGAAAUGCGGCACACUGAUCAAACUGAGCAACAACAACAAGACGGCGGAGCGGAGGAGACCGCUGGACGAGUUCAAUAACGGUGUGGUGAUGACCAACCGGCCGCUCCGACACAACGAGAUGUUUGAGAUCCGCAUCGAUAAGCUGGUGGACAAGUGGUCCGGCUCGAUAGAGAUCGGUGUGACCACACACAACCCCAACAACCUGGACUAUCCUGCAACUAUGACCAAUCUGCGCUCAGGUACAAUCAUGAUGAGUGGCUGUGGGAUACUAACCAACGGCAAAGGAACCCGCAGGGAAUACUGUGAAUUCAGCCUGGACGAACUUCAGGAGGGAGACCACAUCGGGUUGAUGCGCAAAGCCAGCGGAGCGCUCCAUUUCUACAUCAAUGGCAUCGACCAAGGUGUCGCUGCAGCCCAGACCCCCGACGUGGUCUACGGCGUGGUCGACCUCUACGGCAUGGCGGUCAAAGUCACCAUCGUGCACAACCACAACCACACCGAACGCCUCCGACGCAAUAACGCCAUCAUGAGGGCGUUGUCUCCGGACGUCGGCCGGCCCAGGCCGGCUCUUACCCUCACUCCGGACUCGGAGGGGCCCGACCGGCUGCUCUUCCAUCCCAACUGUGGCCAGAAGGCCGCCGUCAUCAGCGACGGCCGGACAGCGCUGCGGCCGCAUGCGACGGAUGACUUCAACCACGGCGUGGUGCUGAGCAGCCGGCCGCUGCGCUCCAACGAGGUGUUCCAGGUCCGUAUCGAUAAGAUGGUGGACAAGUGGGCGGGGUCCAUCGAGAUCGGCGUCACCACACACAACCCCGCCCACCUGCAGCUGCCCUCCACCAUGACCAACCUGCGCUCGGGCACGUGGAUGAUGACGGGUAACGGCGUGAUGCACAACGGAACGACGAUCCUGGACGAGUACGGACACAACCUGGACCGGCUCAAGGCCGGUGAUACGGUCGGCGUGGUGCGAAAAGAGGACGGCAGCCUCCACUUCUUUGUAAACGGCGUGGCCCAGGGCCCCGCGGCCUGGAACGUCCCCCCCAGUGUGUACGCCGUGGUGGACCUCUACGGCCAGGCUGCUCAAGCCACCAUCAUGGACGACAUCGUGGACCUAUUGCCUCUCGCAGAGGACAGCUCAGAGGGCCCCACGGUCACGUCCCCCGGGAGCCCCUCCUCGGUGGGAGGGGCCACCGCAGCCAACGACCUGCGUUUCCACCACCUGCACGGCAGUAACGCCGUCAUCACCAACGGGGGGCGCACCGCUCUGCGUCAGAACUGCCGCAGCGAGUUCAACGACGCCAUCGUCAUUUCCAACCGGUGCCUUCGGGAUGGAGAGCUCUUCGAAAUCAUUAUUCAGAAGAUGGUGGACCGCUGGUCGGGUUCAAUUGAAGCAGAUUUUCUCCUCCCCCCUCUGUGUCCAGGAGUGACAGCCAUCAAGCCCGAUGAGCUUGAUUUUCCCAACACUAUGACUGAUAUCGAUUAUGACACUUGGAUGCUGAGUGGCACUGCCGUCAUGCAAGAUGGCAACACAAUGCGCAACAACUACGGUUGUGACCUGGACUCCCUGACCACGGGCUCUCGUAUUGGUAUGAUGCGCUCAGCCAGCGGAGACCUCCACUAUUACAUUAACGGUGUGGAUCAAGGCGUCGCCUGCACCGGCCUGCCUCCAGAGGUGUACGCUGUGAUCGACCUGUAUGGUCAGUGUGUCCAGGUGUCCAUCACCAGCUCCUCAGGCCCGCUGGAUAACAGCCUGUGUGCCAGCAACAUCACUGAGAAGAGCUUCCCCAUCCAGUCGCCAGUAGCUGGCGUCGCCCAUCGACUCCACAGUAAACACGGCAAGAAUGUGGUCCUGCUCGGCGACGGCUGCCAGGCCGUGCGAGUCGGAGGUUACGCCCACGGCAUUAUGUUCAGCGCCAAGGAGCUCAAAGCCGACGAGCUGUUUGAGGUGAGGAUUGACGAGGUGGCUGAGCAGUGGUGCGGUUCGCUGCACAUCGGCCUGACCACGCUGGCCCCUCCGGAGCUGCCGGCCUGCCCGCUGUCGGGCCUCUCCCCCUCCCUCCCGCAGCUGCGCACCAAGGUCACCUGGCUGCUCUGCGGCUCUGAGGUCCGUCGCAACGGCGUGCUGCAGCGCCAGAACUACGGCUGUUCACUGGACCGUCUGACGGUCGGGAACCGCGUGGGUGUGAAGAGGUGCAGUGACGACACCAUGCACAUCUUCAUCGACGGGGAAGACAUGGGACCUGCAGCGACUGCAUUAGCCAAGAAUGUUUACGCCGUGUUGGACCUGUACGGGCGGGUCACGGCGGUGUCCAUCGUGAGCUCCUCGCCGACGGAGGACACGGAGAGCGUGAAGGCGCCGCCGUUCUCCUCAGACAGCUGCAGCGAAGGAGAGGAGGACAGCACCCCCGUCACAGAGGUGGAGACGGAGCCGUGCCCGUCGGUGCCGACCGGGAUGGUGUUCUUGGAGAACCACGGCAAGAACAUCCAGCUGUCCAACCGGCACCUGACGGCAGCCAGAGUGUCCAGCUACAACCAGGGCCUGCUGGUCACCGCCCAGCCGCUGGCUCGCCUGCAGCUGUUCCAGUUUCAAAUCGACCGUCUGAACCCGUCGUGGACGUCGUCGCUGUCGUUGGGGGUCAUCGGUCACUCGCCCGACCGCCUCAACUUCCCCUCCACGGCGUGUUGUCUGAAACGCUCCGCCUGGCUUCUGCAGAGAGACUCUGUCUUCCACAACUCCCUCAAGAUAUGUGAGAACUAUGGUCCCAACCUGGACACCUGUCCAGAGGGGACGGUGUUGGGUCUGCUGGUGGACGCCAACAGUUGUCUCCACCUCUACGUCAACGGCAUGGACCAGGGUGUAGCGGUGCAGGACAUUCCUUCACCCUGCUACCCCUUCAUAGACUUGUAUGGCCAGUGUGAACAGGUUACUAUAGUAACGGACAGCGUGCCAGCUGUGGGUGGCGAGAGCGGUGAGACCCGUUGUCAGGGCGACAUGGAGAAGGCGGACAUGGUUGACGGAAUCAAAGAGAGUGUGUGCUGGACGCCGCCUCCAGAGGUCAACCCCAACAAGACGUGUGAAUACCAGGCCCUGUGCUCGCGCUUCAAGGACCUGCUCACUUUGCCAGAUGGAUAUUUUAACGAGGACGCCAAGUACAACCUUUGCUACUGCGAGUCGUGCCACAAGCUCCGGGGCGACGAGGCGUACUACAAGAGAGGAGAACCGCCGCGGGACUACGCCCUGCCCUUCGGCUGGUGCCGCUUCGCCCUCAGGAUCAAGCCCCACUGCGAGGCUUCUAAUGCGCUGAAGAAGUGGCACAUCGCGUACCACGGCACCACCGUGGGAGCCCUGCGGCGCACGCUGGACCACAGCGAGCUGCUGUCUGGGACGUCCUCCAUCUUCUCGGUGUCCCCGGUGAAGGCCGAGGGGCCGAGCGGCUACAGCGAGCCGGAGGAGAACAGCGGCCCCGGCAGGGAGGCCCCCAGAGUGCGGCUCUCCCCCACCAUGCGCUACUCCGGCAUGGAGGUGUUCGCCCCCAAAGUGCAGUUUCGGGACCCCCGUUCUCACCGCAGCCACCACGCCCAGGUGGGGUUCCAGGUGUGCGUGCGUCCGGGCUCCUACAAGGCGGGGCCGCAGACUCUGGGCCACAGCGAGCCCCUGGACCCUCGCUUCAGCAACUCCGAGAUCGAAUGGGUCACGAAGGAGCAGGGCGGCACGCUGCUCUACGGACUGCUGGUCCGGGUCGAGUGACGGGGGCGGCGAGGGAGGCAUUCGGGUGGAGGCGCGGGGGGCGUGGCGCUCCUCGGACUUUCAAUAAACUGACAACCAAAUCCAACGCCUGCCUUGAGAGAGAGACUCCUCUGGAAUCCUUCCGUUGAACCGCGGAUUGUCGACGAUUCAGCAUUCAUGAUCUUUAUUUGUUGUUUUUGUUUUGCUCUUGGACUCUUUUAAAGGCCGGGGGCGACGGCGGUUUCAAAGAAGGACGGACACUGCCUGCACUUUAUGUUUUGGACACUCGUGGGCGAUUUUUAAACUAACUUCUCAUCGACUCGACGCGUUUGGUUCAUUCGCUCCAUCUCGGGUUUGUUUUCUCUUUGCCGCAUUUUUAGUUUUAGUUUUCAUUCUUCCCAACAUGUUUUCUUUCACGCACACAGCUAAUGUUUCUUCAUCUAAUGUUUCUUUAUCUACUCUUUCUUUAUCUUUUGGCACUUAUUUUCUGACUCAUCACCUGGUCAGUGUUUUUUAAUUUGGGAGGAGCUGUCCUCUGCCAACCUGCACGGUAACGGACUGUCGCCUAAAAAAAGACUGAAAUGUGGGUAAAAAAGAAAUAUAUAGAUGUAUAUAUAUAUAUAAGUGACAAUGUUUUCACAAACAUGUAACAAACAAAGACACUUGAAUCUGAGGAUGAACCCGAGAGUGUCUUGUGAUUGUGACUUCAUUAGUUGGGGGAAGAUUUUUUUUAAACUGGAGGAAGAAAAAAAAAAAAUGUUUACACGUAUGUUGUUUUUCUUUGCGUCGCCACAUCAGCGGUUUUGGCUACUUUAUCGGUCCCGGUGAGAGUCUGUUGUUGCCAGGCAACCAUCUUGUCAAAUGGAAAACACUCACAGGCUUUGAACUGGAAGGUUUGGGAAUCUAAAGGCCGCGUUGAGCUCGUUAGUUACACCCGAGAAGACGAGAUGUGAGAAGAAUAAGACGGGUGAUGCUUUUAGACGUGUUGGGUUUUGAUACAGUGAAAAGGGGGAAAACGGAGGAGUUAAACACAGUUUUCAUUUUUAUUUUUUUAAAGAAAUGAGCUCAUUCACAUCCAGGAAGUGGAUAUCCCAUAAUGUUGAACUUGUAAGAUGUGGUCAAGCGAGCUGGCGCCAAAACGGGUGAAGUGGUUUCCCCGUCA